GGAGCACAGAGCGGAGGGGGCGCAGACGGUGCUGGCCGCGGGCUGCGAGCAGGGGGGCUGGCGGAGCGCCUUGGGGCGCAGUGCGGGGCACCCGCGAGCCCAGGGCGAGGUGUCCAACGAACAGACGGCGCCCCUGGGAGCCUUGCCGACCGGCAGCAGGACUACAGAAUGGUACCCCUAAAUGGAGAGAGAUUACAGGGCUGAUCAGAGAGGACGAGAAACAAGGAAGGCUUCUGAAGGAGCUCUGGGCCUUCCCAGCUCCCAAAGUCAAUAUUGAGACCCCAGAUGUGUCCAGGGACAUCCUGAAGACAUGUCAGGACAUCCGGAGGGGCUGAGGAGCCUUAGGGCGCCCACAGGGAGAUUCCUGGAGCUGACUAGGAGCCAGUGAAUUUGCUGUUGUUUGGUGAGUCUUCCAGAUGGAGGUGGCCCUCCGUCUGCCUUGUCAGUUCAAACCCCCAUGCAAGGCUAUCGAAGAAAACUGGUGACAGUGACUGCCCUGGGAAAGAAACCUGGGCCAUUGGGAACAGAGAGACUGCAUUUUCAUUAUCUCUAGAAGUUUUUCAUCUUGCAAAACUGAAACUCUGUACCCAUUGAACAACAACUCCUGGUGAUAAUCUUUUUUGAUAGAUGAGGAAACUGAAGUGCAAACAGGGCAAGAAACUUAUUUCCCUCAAAAGCAUCCUCCGAUUCUUCCCCCACCUGAAUCCCUGUUGCUAUGGAGACCACCAAUGGGACUGAGACCUGGUAUGAGAGCCUGCACACUGUGUUGAAGGCUCUAAAUGCUACUCUUCACAGCAACUUGCUCUGCCAGCCAGGGUCAGACAACCUGACUGAGGAGAGGCGGGCCAGCCUACCUGGCCGUGAUGACAACUCCUACAUGUACAUUCUCUUCGUCAUGUUCCUAUUUGCUGCCACUGUGGGCAGCCUCAUCCUGGGAUACACCCGCUCCCGCAAAGUGGAUAAGCGCAGUGACCCCUAUCAUGUAUACAUCAAGAACCGUGUGUCUAUGCUCUAAUGCUAAGAGGCCGGGGAUGGCAGAAGAUCAAGAUUCCUGAGGAUUAUCUUGUGGGGCCUCCAGAGCUCAGCUAUGUGUUACAUCAGGCCUCAGUGUUCUAAUCUGUAAGAUCAACAAGAAACAGUACUAAGGGAGGUCAUCAUUGGGGAAGGAGGAGAGGAUCUAGCAGACCUAGGCCUUGUGGAUAAGGAUUUUUUCCAGCAAAGAUAGACGUUAUAGACAGUAGGAGCCCUUUGAACAAAUAUAAAAAAGUGGCAGGAAUUCCCUGGUGGUCCAGUGGUUAGUACUCCGUGCUCUCACUGCCAAGGGCCUGGGUUCAAUCCCUGGUCGGGGAACUGAAAUCCCACAAGCCGUUCAGUGUGGCCAAAAAAAAAAAAAAAAAAAUAUAUAUAUAUAUAUAUAUAUAUAUAUAUACACAAACACACACACACAUAUAUAUAUGUAUAUAUAUAUAAAAGUGGCAACAUAUAAUGACAAAUGAGUGUUCUAGUGGCCGGAGUGUUGGGGGCUAGGGGCUAGAGGAAGGAAAAGAGGAAGUUGUAGCAGAGGGAAGUGAGACAGGAAAAUGCCCUGAGGACACAUUUUUUGAUGUGUUAUCUUCAAUGACCAUGAGAAGCAGCAAUGAUUAUCUCAUAUCACAGACAGGAAAUCUAAGUUAUGUUACUUAUUUAUAUUUUUUCACAUUUUAUGUUUUUCAGCCCAUUUAACAUUUGUGAUUUUACCCCCUGUGAGGGAAGCAGAGCAAGUGCCAUUCUGCCCAUUUGGGCCAAAGCAGUGCCAUGACUGGAACCCAGGUUCUCUGGUCACCUUGCCUAGUGCUUUGCAAAACUCUGUGCUACCUAGGAGUGGAUCUAGGCCUGAAACUUAUAUAAUUCUGGGGGGCCCUCCUUAAGAAAAAGAAUUUUAAAAUAUCUUAUUGUUGCAAGAAUUACAAAAACGUAUCACCAUGUUAAUACAUUGUUGGGGCCCUCCUAAGAUCUUAAGAAGGAGCCAUGCAAGUACAGAGCCCUGACUGUUAAGCCUCAUUAGCUCCAUGGUCCCUGUGCCCUUCCACCAAUGUCCCAGUGCCUUUCCCAGCCCCAUCUCCAGUCCUGGGGACUUCACUACCUCUAAGGCAGCCUCUAACAUUUUGAAUGAAUUCUGUGAGUAAUUUUCUGAUAUCAAGUUGAAAUCUGCUUCUAGAAGAUUAUUAUCACACCUAGAAGAUUACCAUAUUAAAAGAGGCAGGUACCUGAUUCAGUGGAAAGAGAACCAGCCCUGAUUCUACUACCAGUGUGGUAUAUAAACUGGCUAGACACUUC